AUGCUCACUACGGCUGCGACGGUGCGGCUCCCAUUGCUGCUGGCAUUGGCCGCAUACGUCUUGGCUGCCCCUGAAAAAAUCGUGCUCGACGUCAAUGAAGGCACUGUUGCAUCUACUGAGGAGCCUCGAAAGCUCACUGGGCGGUUCUUGCACAUAACAGACUUCCACCCCGACCAAUUCUACAAGGCACACUCCGACAUUGACGAUAGCUGCCACAGCGGCAAGGGAGCCGCUGGCACAUUUGGCGCCGAAGUUUCUGACUGUGACUCACCGAUAUCCCUCGCCAACAAUACCCUCGAUUGGGUCCGCGACAACCUCCGCGACCAAAUUGACUUUGUCAUCUGGACCGGCGACACCGCGCGCCACGACAAUGACGAAAGCCACCCCCGUAACUCGGCGCAGGUCCUCGGCACCAAUCGCAUGGUUGCUGCCAAAAUGUUUGAGACCUUUGCAAGCGACACGCCUCGCGGGCCUGGGCUCCAGCUGCCCGUCGUGCCCACCUUUGGCAACAACGACUUUCUCCCCCACAACAUCAUGGUCCCUGGCCCCAACCGCUGGUUCGUAGACUAUGCAGACAUUUGGGGCCCCUUUAUCCCCGAAGUGCAGCGCCAUCAAUUUGAAUACGGUGGAUGGUUCUACACCGAGGUAGUGCCCAACAAGCUUGUCGUUUUCAGCCUCAACACCAUGUUCUUUUUUGACCGCAAUGCCGCCGUCGACGGCUGUGCGCUCGCUUCGGAACCUGGCUACAAGCACAUGGAAUGGCUGCGCGUCCAGCUGCAGCGAUUGCGCGUGAGCGGCAUGAAGGCCAUCCUCAUGGGCCAUGUCCCACCCGCACGAACCGACAGCAAGCAGAACUGGGACGAGACGUGCUGGCAGCGCUACACUCUCUGGUUGAAGCAGUACCGCGAUGUUGUUGUCGGCUCACUCUUUGGCCACAUGAACAUUGAUCACUUCGUUCUGCAAGACACAAACGAUCUCGACGAGGACAGCAUUCUUGCCCAGGGCGAGGUCAACAUUCGCCAGAGUCUGGAUCUCGGUGAAGACAAUAAAGUCGGCAUUUCUGCCAAAACCGAUUAUCUUCAGGAUGUACGCCAGCAGUGGUCGAAGCUGCCGAAGUCUGCUGGGCAUGGCACUAACAAGAAUGUCCAAACCUUGGAGGGCGACGAUGAUGACGAUGAGGACAGCGACGAUGAGUAUGACAUCGAGACCGUCUUUGGCAAGAAAAGGGGCAAAGGCAAGAAGAAGAAAGGUGGAAAAAGGAAGAAGAACAAGAAGGGUCUCAAGAAAAUUGGCGGCAAAUACGCCGAACGAUAUCAAAUCUCCAUGAUCGGUCCCAGCGUUAUCCCCAACUACUUUCCCACCAUGCGCGUGUACGAGUACAACAUUACCGGCAUGGAGGACAACCCGCUCUGGAAAGACGUAUACGGCACAGCGUCUACGAUUCAGGGUGCCGAGAUGCAGCGCGCACACGACGUUGGUUUUGCUCCAGAAGAGCUGAAGCGCCGCUCGCUGGACGAGCCCGCCAUGACCGAAGCCGAGUUUGAAGCGCAGUUUCCCGAUAUUUUUGAGAAUGACGAUACCGCGCACGAUGCCGGCAAGAAAAAGAGGAGAAAGAGAAAGGGCCACGGCCCGCCCUCACUCAACGUGCCCCCGGGACCCGACGCCGGCUCACUGCCCGGACCGGCCUACAUGCCGCAGACGCUCUCGUGGGUGGCGUUUACGCAGUACUACGCAAAUCUCACGCGCAUCAACCACGACGCCGACAAGCGCACUGGCGACCGCGAGACCAAUCCCGUGCAGUUUGAGGUUGAGUACGACACGCGCGACGACGACUGGUAUCAGCUCGAGGACCUGACGGUUCGGGAGAUGCUCAAGCUGGCGCACAGCAUUGAUGAUGACGAGGUCUGUCGAGAGGAAGAUGAUGUAUAUGCCACGGGUAGGAAGAAGAAGGGGAAGAAGGGAAAGAAGGGCAAAAAGAAGAAGGAUAAGAAGAAUAAGCUGUGGAUUGAGUUUCUCCGGCGUGCGUUUGUGGGCACCAUGGACGAUGACGAGUUGGAGGAGCUCUGA